AUUUAGUUUCAGUUAAACAGUGAUUGAAAUCACAACUCGAGUUACAAUUGAACGCAAUAAGCAGUGAAGUGAACAGAAAAGAUAAUGAAAUUUUGUUUGAGUGUGUUUUUGGCACUGGCCGUGUGUCAGCUGGCAAUGGCUUUGGGUCCCAAUAUGGUGUGCUUUUAUGAUGCAUCCAGUGUCGAUAGAGAUGGUUUAGCUAAGUUUUCAACAGCAGAUUUUGAAAUUGCUCUACAAUUUUGCACCCAUUUAAUCUACGGUUAUGCUGGCAUUAAUUCCGAGAAUUUCCAAUUAAAAAGUUUGAAUACACAACGUGACCUGCAGAGACGUCAUUUUGCCACUGUCACAGAUUUAAAGGAGAAAUUCCCUCAUAUUAAAUUCCUGUUGAGUGUUGGAGGCGACAAAGAUUUUGAAAGCCCCGAAAAAUAUGUGCAACUGUUGGAAGGUGAUGCUGAGAAACAUAGAAUAUUCGCUGAAUCAGCUCGUGAUCUAUUGCGUAGUUAUAAUUUUGAUGGUUUGGACUUGUCAUUCCAAUUGCCCCGUAAUAAACCACGCAAGGUACACUCUAGUACUGGUAGUGCUUGGAAAUCUUUCAAGAAACUAUUCACUGGUGACUUUGUGGUGGACGAAAAAGCUGAUGAACAUAAGGAACAAUUUACCAAUUUCGUCAGCACUUUAAAAUCAAUAUUUAAUUCGAAUAAUCUGAUGAUCUCUUUAACCGUUUUGCCAAAUGUGAAUUCUACUUGGUACUUUAAUGCUCCAGCAUUGGCGGGUCAUUUGGAUUUUGUUAAUUUGGCUGCCUUUGAUUUCACCACUCCUUCACGCAAUCCCGAAGAAGCUGAUUAUACCGCCCCUCUUUAUCCCAUUGCUUUGGAAGGCAAUCGCCAGCCUCAUUACAAUGUUGAUUACCAAGUUGACUAUUGGAUUUCCCAGCGUUUCCCUCAUAACAAACUUAAUGUUGGCGUUGCCAGUUACGGUCGUGCUUGGAAAACGACAUCAGAUUCAAAUGCUGAAGGUUUUCCCAUUGUCUCAAACACAAAUGGUGCUGCUGAUCCCGGACCACAAACAAAACAAGGCGGUCUUUUGGACUGGGCUGAAGUUUGUUUAAAAUUACCUAACCCCUCCAAUGUCGGCAGAACGGGUGCAGAUGCUCCUUUACGUCGUGUUGCUGAUCCCACCAAGAAAUACGGUACUUAUGCUUUCCGUCCCGCCGAUGAGAAUGGUGAACAUGGCAUGUGGGUGAGUUAUGAGGAUCCCGAUACUGCUUCCACUAAGGCUGCCUAUGCCAAGACUCGUGGUUUGGGAGGUGUUGCUUUGUUCGAUUUAAGUCUAGAUGAUUUCAAUGGCCAGUGUACGGGCGAUAAAUUCCCCAUGUUAAGAGCCAUUAAAUAUAGAUUAUUGUAAAUAUCUGUUUGUUAUUUAUAAAAUAUUGUUAAAGCUAAACAAAAAAUGAUAUCACUUAAAAUGUGAACCAAGUUUGAAGUUUAAAGCUUUUGCUAAAUUUUAACAAAAAAGCAUAUCGCAUUCAUCUAUAACAAACAACUUUUACAUGAAUUCUUAGAAAUUAUAAGAAAUGUUAAUAGGAAUUAAACUUCUUAGAAAUUAAAAAAACUUUUUGUACAUAAAUUAAUAAAUAAAAACACGUUAACAAUUUAUAAUUAAAA